AUGACAAACAUAAACGAGGACAAUGAAUUUCUGGACAAGCUGUGGAUGUCAGAUGAGGCCCAUUUCCAUCUUAUGGGUUAUGUGAACAAGCACAGCUAUCGUUACUGGGCAGACAGCAACCCUAAGGAAGUGUAUGAACGCCCUUUACACGCCAGCAAGGUCACAGUAUGGUGUGCAGUUUCAUCACACGGGGUCAUCGGACCUUACUUUUUCGAAAAUGAAGACCGGAUCACAGUGACUGUCACUUCAGAUCAGUAUGUUGGGAUGUUGCAAACUUUUGUUGCACCUGCAUUGAACAAUUUCCCACAACUUCAUGAAACCUUGUUUCAGCAGGAUGGUGCAACAUCGCACACUGCAAGGCAAUCAAUUGCAGCUGUGCGAGAAUUGUUUGGUAAUCGUGUCAUCUCAAGAUUCGGUGACAUUCCUUGGCCCCCAAGAUCACCGGAUUUAUCAGUUUGUGAUUUUUUCUUGUGGGGCUACCUCAAGAGUCAGGUCUAUACGACUCGGCCAAGGACACUGGAUGAAUUGAAACAAAGAAUUGAAGAAGAAAUUCGUGGUAUCCCAGCUGAGAUGUUGCAGUGA